GAAAUAAAAUGUUAUACCACUGCCUGGCUACGAAGUUUUAAAGUAAACGUUUCGUAAAAUAAUUGGAUUAAUUAAAGGAUUCAUUUUUUUGUGAGAGGUGGUAACUCAUAGCUAACAGUAAAUAGUGAAACAGACUGCCAAAGUAAAAUUAGAAUAAAAGGAGAAACAAUGGCGUUUAUAUAGAAAGAAAGUUAUAGAAAGGAGGGGUGAAGCAGAAGAAAGAAUAAAGCACUAGAAUUAAAGAAAAAGUGAUAAAACGCGAAUUUGUAUAUACCAGAGACUGUGAUAAGAGCCUGUAAAUCUCACAACUAAACUGUAACGCUGUAAAUUUAUAAAAGAAAAAAUUAAAAAAUAAAUUGAACUUAAAAUGGAUACCAUCAGCAGUGUAAGAACACAACAUCCGUCAGUGCCUACUACUCCCAGCAGCGAAAGUCACAUCAAAAUGAUAAACUUCGCACCUCCAUCACCCGCCUCUUCCAUGAGUUCUGAAUCGCAGGAUGUGUUGAUAACGGCGACAACUGGUCCUUGUUCGCCUACAACGCCGUCAACAACACGACUGCUUCACAAUCAUGACAGCGAAGAUCACUUUUGUACACCCAAGAAAUCGCUGGCUGACUCUGGCGUGUUGGAGCGCAUACGGGAAAAGCUUGGCACGCCUGGUGCCGCUUGCGAAAUACAUGCCUUGCGCCUGGAGCAAGGUGGAGAAGAAGAGACUGUGAAAGUGAUUAAAAAUCGAUUUCUAAUAAGUACGCAGGUGUGUCAUAUAUCACCAGCAGUUGCGGCCAAAACACCCGCCUCUUAUCGCCAUCUAAUCGAUCUGACUGCGUCUAGCCUUAAAUGUACCGAUGUCUUUACGGACGAGGAAUUUAUUUGUAAGAUUAUCAAUGAACCUUAUGGUAAAGUGCAACGUGCCUACUAUGAAAUAAAAGGGGCUGGCGAAGUGGCGCGUAGCUCCAUUUUUGGCCAUACACUAAUACGUGACAUACACGACAUUGUGCCAAUGGAUAAGCAACGCACCUACCUGAUAAUUGCACCCCCAAAGACGGAUGAAGGAGCGGAAGGCGUCUAUGAGGAUCUGCAUACGUACAUAAGAAAUAAAAGGCGAUUAUGUGAGAAGGAGGCGCGGGCGCUGUUCCAUCAAAUCGCGGAAACCGUGCGACUUUGCCAUCGAAAGGGAAUAAUUUUGAGGGACUUGAAGCUCAAACGAUUCUUCUUCAUCGACGAGGCGAGAACGAAAAUCCAAUAUGAAUCACUGGAGGGCUCAAUGAUUCUCGACAAUCCCUCGAACGAUACACUGAGUGACAAAAUUGGCUGUCCGCUCUACACCGCACCUGAAUUGCUCUGCCCCAAUCCCACCUACUUCGGCAAACCAGCCGAUAUGUGGUCACUCGGCGUCAUACUCUACACCAUGCUUGUCGGUCAAUAUCCAUUCUAUGAGCGUGCCAACUGCAAUCUCAUCACCAUCAUUCGUCAUUGUCAGGUGCAGAUACCAAUUAGCCUUUCCAAGCCCGUGCGUUGGCUGCUGCUGCUGUUGCUUUGUAAAAACUACAAUGAUCGGCUGCGCGCCGAGGAAGUAUUUCUCACGCCAUGGCUGCAGGAGCAGAAACCCUAUGGCAAUUUGUACCUGCAUGUCGACACGAAUUUGGAUGAUUUGGAAAUGGAAGAUGAUGAUGACAGCGUUGCGUUGACGCAAUCACCAACAGCGGAAAAGGAGGAGGAGGCUGCGCUACAGCAAAUGCAUUUCGAAAAAGACUGCCAAGGGAACAACGCUAACGCGGAUGUUCCCACAAACCACCACUACAUACAAGACUGUCAAGUUGCUGAUGGCUGUGAUAUUAGCGCUAAUGCUGCGGAACCGCUCAACUAUUCGCGACAUUCGCUGCAGACCGUCAACCAUGCAAUGCAUUUAGGCGGUGACGUCGACGUCGAAAUGGGAUGAUUACACACACGUGUGUAUUUUUUACGUGCCGUUGAGGGCAGCUACAAUUGCGGCGAUAUUCGCAGCGUGAAGUCAACAUCGAUCGUGGUCGUCGUCGUGGUGAUGGUGGUGGUCGUCAGUUGCAAGGCAGGAUAUGCAAGCGCAGGCGCUGUAAAAUUUCUACCUUCACUCCCUCCUCCUCCUCCUACUACUACUACUGCUCUUCAGACAGGCGUAUCCAAGCUCUAUUAUUGUUGCGUGCCGCCAGCUCAACAUGAGUUUAUUGUUGUUAGUUCACUGGAAGGUAGUCAGUACUGUAUUAGUAUGAAGAAGUACAACUCAGCUGGCCACAGCGUGCGGAGAUGGCAUUAUUCGCGCGCGCGGCUACGAUGCACGUGCUUGGAAGACAAGUACCGGAGCGCUGGCGGUGCCUGUGCGGCAGCUAGCAACUCGCUGAGACGCCAAAGACUUCGAUGCUGCAACAGCAGUGGUGUUUCUGGCCUAAAGUGGCAACGUUGACUCUUUUGAGAUGAUUGAGUUUUUUCUUAAGUAUAGUGUAACAAAUUGUUCCUCACAUCACCGCCUUCGAUUGUUUUUUCCCCCCUAAGCAAAUACUAAGUAUUUUUCUUUCAAAGUAAUUUUAUUGGUGAACAAAAAAUCUGAAUUGCCUUUAUGUACAUAAUUAAUUAUGUUAAUACUGUAGUUACAGUGAAUUCGCGUAUACUUGAAUAUUGUUGAGUUUUAAUUCUUCCUACACCGAGAUGUACAAUUAAAAUAUAAGUUAAAAAAAUUAAUUUGCAAAAAUUGCAACCACUGUACUUUAAAAAUUUUAGUAGAAUCUGAACUUUCUAAUAAUGUUGCUUAAACAUUUUAAUUUUUUUUUAUUCAUAAAAUAAGCAAUUUCUUCCAAAAAAUAUAACUGUAUAUUUUUAAUAAUUUGCUCGUAUUCAAAAAAAAAUGGUUAAAAAAUAUAUAAUGAAAAACAAUCACGGGUAAAGAGAUAAAACCCCAACAGAAUAAAAAAUUAAUGAAGCCA